CCCUGGUAAAUGAGGUAGAUACAUGUGCUAUCAAUAAUUAACACAGAAAGCAAUAAAUCAGAAUAGAUUAUUAUAGUUUUGAUAAAUACUCAAUUUCGCUGUAAAAAUCGUUGCCAAAACAAAAGCGAUUGUUGUACUUUAAAAAAAAAAUUUCCAACUAUAAAAAUAUUGAUUAAAAACAGCAAUUAAUAAAUAUUGAACGUGCGAAAAAAUAAAGAGAAUUGACAAAGGUAUAAUUAAAGCGGUGGAACCAUCUCAAAACCUGAAGGAUUAUCAUAUAAGUAAUUUGCAAAAUGGGAGUAGUUGACGGAUUUAAGGGAGCUGGACUUUUUGCCAAGAUAGCCGUAGUGUUGUUGCUAAUAGCGACGCUGUUUGUGUGGAUAGCCUACACGUGCACUGGCUGGGGAGAGGCAAAGUCUGGUACUGCUGAUCGCAUACACAUUGGGCUGUGGCGUAUUUGCUCCGACAACAAAUAUACCCCUGGAUGCUCUCAAACAGACGGCUGGGCAAACGACUGGUUUGCCGCCUGCCAGGCUUUGGUGACAUUCGGAUUCUUUGGUAUAAAUGUGGCAUUGUUCCUCCUGAUAUUGUACAUGUUUGUACCCAGUUGUCAGAAGAAUGGAGAGAUUACCAUGGCAACAGCCAUCAUUUGCAUUGUCACAGGCGUCCUCUACCUGAUCGGGGUGAUUGUGUUUGCUGCAAAGCUCAAAGAAGAUCGUGGAGACUUCGAGCUCAGCUAUUGUUUCGGACUAUCUGUGGUUGCUCUAAUACUGGAAAUAGCGGCUGGAGUUCUAGCUAUACUUGACUCAAAGGAAGGAGGGACAUCCCCUUCUGCAUGAUAGGUCGUUUUUAUAGCAAUAUCUAAUAUUCACAAUAUAAUAAAUCUAGCCGUGGCCUUCUUAUUUUGUUUAUGGCAUCGACUCUGUGAUUAAAACAAUCACACGAAAAUGUACUGUUUUAUUGGCUUAAUAACUAUCUAAUAUUUCAUCAAUAUGCGUUUCUUUUGUGUUCGUGUGUAACGUAAAGAUGAAGAUAUUCUACAGGUCUGAAUGAUAUAUUUAUUUGCAUAAUGUUGUUUUCUUGGUUCCGGUGUAUGGUAAACAUGUUAGAUGACUGAUUACAUCCUUACUUCUUUAUAUAAAGCAUCUGAUGUUUCAAGAUAUAUUUAACACAUUUGUUAGCUUAAUGUUUCCGUUGGAAUUAUAUUGCAAGACAACAUCAAGCGAUAAAACAGAUAAAGUCUUAUGUGGUAUGACCAUCACAACCUAAAACAUACAAUGUUCAUUAAAAAAAUAUGUUUUAUAUAGUAAGUGCCCAAAAGUGAUAUCAUAAUUAUGGACGUUGCUUAGAAUUACAAAUUUCCAACAACUUAACUAAUUAUUACCCUUCCUAUUGUAUUUAUUUGCAUAUGAUACAAAUUCCAUGCCUUUCCUACAUUUGUAACUUGAGAAACACUUGAGCGUCAUAUUGGAACCAACCUCAAUAAGAGCUGACCAUGUUGUUUUGAUGUUUUUUCAACCAAUGUCAUCAAAUCAAGCAUCAUAAUUUCUUGUAAUGAUAGCAGUUAUUGUUAAACACCGUUAUCUCAAUAGGACUGUGUCAUCUUACACCAUACGAGCAGCUUUGAAAAAGUUAAACACUACUUAGUGCUUCUAGGAACCCGACAACUGUUUUUUUCCCCUCAAAGAUCUUAUUUCUUUUCAUUCUUAAAAUUUAUAAAGAAGCAAAGUGAUGACCUAUUGAAGUAGCAAGUACCAAUACUUACAUUUAGGGCAAGUUCCUAAAUAAAUAAAUAUAGAUCAAUAUAGUAGGAAAAAUCUCUAUCAAUAUACCAGUCCUAUUUAUCCAACACGUACAUUUUUUUGUUAUAUAGAUCGAUGCACUUUUGGCCUUUACAUCUAGGCAAGACCUUUAAUAUUUUAUAAUUAAGUGCAGAACAUAUCUGUAGCAAUUUUAUGGAGAAGAGUACAUGCAUGUAUAUGUAAUAUAUGUAAUAGUAAUAGUCUUUAUAUUAAGGCCAUCUGAUAAUAAACCAACUGUUUUGUA